CAUUUGUGUUGUGACUUUCAAGUUUCUAACUUCCAAUUGUGAGACUAACAAGUACCAGAACUCAACGUGGAAGUGAAACCACCACAUCUCCACCCAAAUCCACCUUCUUCUUCUUCUUCUUCUUCUUCUUCUUGGUCUCAUCUCUCGACGUUAAUGGCGCAUCUUAGUGCUGCUGCAGCCUCUGUAUCUGCUUCAGCAGUCAUCCCUCCUCUUAACCGUACAUUCGUUCAAUUGGGGAAACUGUUCCAUGGUUCAUCUUUGCUUAAAUUCCAUUCUAAUUCGUUAUUUUUCUCGAGUACACCAAGGAGUAGACAAUUACGUUUUGUUAGUUCUGCAAUUGAGGGGAAAAUUUUAGGGAGCAAUGAAGUUUCUCAAGAAGAAGCUGUGUCGCUUUAUUCAUGGCCUGAUAAAAAGAGGCCAAGGGUGUGCAUACUAGGUGGAGGAUUUGGAGGUCUAUAUACUGCUUUAAGAUUGGAUUCACUAACAUGGCCAGAUGACAAAAAACCUCAGGUGAUACUUGUUGAUCAAUCUGAGCGUUUUGUCUUUAAGCCCAUGUUAUAUGAGCUUCUAACAGGAGAAGUAGAUGCAUGGGAAAUUGCUCCAAGGUUUUCAGAUUUGCUUGUGAAUACUGCUGUUCAAUUUUUAAAAGAUAGGGUGAAAAUACUGAGUCCAUGUGAUCAUUUGGGAAUAAAUGGGCCCACUACUGUAUCUGGUAGUGGAGGAACUGUUCAACUUGAAAGUGGUCUUGUUAUUGAAUAUGAUUGGUUGGUACUUUCUUUAGGAGCUGAACCUAAACUUGAUGUUAUACCAGGUGCUGUUGAGUUUGCAUUUCCAUUUUCGACCCUGAAUGAUGCUUGUAAAGUAAAUGAGAAAUUAACAAAAUUAGAGCGUGAGAAUUUUGGUAAGAAAAAUCCGAUACGUGUGGUGGUGGUUGGACUUGGUUACUCUGGUGUUGAACUGGCGGCAACAGUAUCAGAAAGACUAGAGGGUAAAGGAGUUGUGCAAGCAAUCAGUGUUGACUCAUCAAUUUUACCAAAUGCUCCUUCUGGAAAUAAGGAAGCUGCUUUGAAAGUUCUCAACACGAGGAAAGUUGAACUUCUACUAGGGUAUUUUGUCCGGCGUAUAGGAAAAUCCGGUGAUUUCAGAAGCUCUAUUGAAAAGUCAGAAGUUGAAGAAAAAGUCAAUGAUUCUGAAAAAUUAAUCAUUGAGGUGCAGGCUAAUGAAAAGGGUGCAAAAAGUCAACUUUUGGAAGCUGAUUUGGUUCUAUGGACUGUUGGGAAUAAACCUUUACUUCCUCAAUUGGAACCAAAUGGAUGGCCUUUUGAGCUUCCUGUUACUGGUAGAGGACAAGCAGAAACAGAUGAAACCCUUCAAGUGAAAGGGCAUCCACGUAUUUUUGCUGUUGGUGAUUCUUCUACUUUGAGAGACUCCAAAGGAAAAGUGCUUCCAGCUACUGCACAGGUUGCAUUUCAGCAGGCUGAUUUUGCUGGUUGGAACAUUUGGGCUGCUAUCAACAACCGUCCUCUUUUGCCAUUUAGAUUUCAGAAUUUGGGUGAGAUGAUGGUCUUGGGGAGAAACGAUGCAGCAAUUACACCAAGUUUCAUCGAGGGUCUAACAUUGGAGGGUCCUAUUGGUCAUACUGCUAGGAAACUAGCUUACUUGAUCAGGUUACCUACUGAUGAACAUCGUGUUAAAGUUGGAAUCAGUUGGUUGGCAAAAUCUGCAGUUGACUCCAUUGCAACUGUGCAAAGUAAUAUCACCAAAGUCCUUUCGGGUUCUUAAAACUUGAUAUUUUCUGUAAAUAUAUUUAUAUUAACUUAUUUUAUACAUCCGUUUCAUUUGUGCUUUCUAGUCCAUGAGAAAAUAAGAAGACUUUAUUGUACUUUUUUAUGAAUAGUAGUUUUGAAAUUGAAUUUAUAUCAUGC